AUGUUCUCCAUGCCUCCGCUCUACAUAUUAUCACUCGGGCUUCUCCUCUUCCACACUACUCUUUGGCCAUCCUUCUUUGUAGCUGCAAACAAUGAUACUCUCAUGGCAGGCCAAGUGCUCGCCGUUGGGGGCAGGAUCGCCUCAAGAAAUGCCAAGUUCGCGCUUGGCUUUUUUCAGUUCCAGCCAGCAAGCACCAUCAGUAAGUCGUCCUACAACACCACAUCUCCAAUCCCAAGCUUGUGGUACCUUGGCAUAUGGUUCAAUAAGAUCCCGGUUUGCACUUAUGUAUGGGUUGCUAAUAGGGAUCAGCCCAUCGCUGACCCCAUCAUCAACCAAACACGGUUCAAGAUAUCAAGUGAUGGCAAUCUUGUCAUUGUAAACCAUGCUGCCAACAAUGAAUCCAUUGUUUGGUCCACCCGCGUCGUAAAUAAUAGGACACACCUCAGCAGAAACAACACUAGUACCACCGUUCUCUUGAACAGCGGAAACCUUGCCCUCAAAGAGAGCCCGUCAUCUGACCUACCGGUGUGGCAGAGCUUCGACUACCCAACAGAUGUUAUACUUCCUGGUGCAAAGUUUGGCCGGAACAAGGUCACUGGUUUCAGUCACCAGGCCAUCUCAAUGAAGAGCCUCAUUGAUCCGGGACCUGGCUCAUACAGCUAUGAACUAGAACAGACCAAGGGGCUCGUCCUUAAGCGUCUCAAUCCCUUGGUAGAAUAUUGGCUUUAUGCAUCCUCCACAAAAUCAUCAUUCAAUCUUGUACCAAUGCUCAAGGCAGUGCUAGAUAUGGAUCCACGCACCAAAGGCUUGAUGAACCCAACAUAUGUCAAUAACGACCAAGAGGAGUACUACAUGUACACUUCACUUGAUGAGUCAUCUUCCUUUUUUAUCUUACUAGAUAUCUCUGGUCAAAUAAAGCUUAAUCUUUGGUCACAAGAUAAUCAAUCUUGGCAAACCAUAUAUGCCAUACCCGACGAUCCCUGCAUUCCUCCUGCUACUUGUGGACCUUACACGAAGAGCAAUGCAAAUGUUGUUGUCCUGAAUUGGAACAUCAGAUAUCAGAUAUCCCUAGGAGUUGCUAGAGGAUUGUGCUACCUGCAUCAGGGUUGUCCGUUUGUGGGAAGGGAUUUCAGCCGAAUUCUGACUUCAUUCAGAGGAACUGUGGGUUAUCUUGCCCCAGAGUGGCUUACUGGAGUGGCUAUCACACCGAAAGUUGACGUUUACGGCUUCGGCAUGGUGCUAUUGGAAAUCAUAUCAGGAAGGAGGAAUUCUUCACCUGAAACAUCAUACGACACUAGCAGCAGCAACAGUAACCAGAAUAUUGAAUACUUCCCUGUGCAAGCCAUCAGCAAGCUUCACGAUGGAGAUUUGAAGAGUUUGGUGGAUCCACGGUUACAUGGUGGCAUCAACUUGGAAGAGGCUGAAAGGGUUUGCAAAGUUGCAUGUUGGUGCAUCCAAGAUAAUGAGCUGGAUCGGCCGACCAUGGGUGAAGUAGUCCGGGUUCUCGAGGGUCUACAGGAGAUUGAUGUGCCCCCAAUACCAAGACUGCUUGCAGCUAUAGCGGAAUAA